AUGACCGUAUCCAAGAUGUCGUGGCGUUCGUCUUUCCGCUGCUCCAAGUUUCGCCACGUCUUCGGAAAACCCGCCACCAAGGAGCACAGCUACGACGGGGUGCCAAUCACACGCAGCGUCCAUGACAACCACUACUGCUCAGCCAAUCCCUGCUUCAUCGCCGUGGUGACCGAGUGUGCCGGAGGCGGGUCUUUCCUGGUUCUGCCCAUCCAUCAUACAGGCAGGGUGGACCCUCAGCACCCGAGGGUAUGUGGUCACAGCGCCAGAGUUCUGGACGUCAAGUGGAACCCGUUCGACGAUCACUGCAUCGCCUCGUGUUCUGAGGACUGCACUGUGAAGAUCUGGGACAUACCGGUCUGUGGGGUCCAACAGAACCUCACCAAGGCCAGGAAGACUCUGAUGGGUCACUCCAGGAGGGUGGCGCUGAUUGAGUGGCAUCCAACUGCCGAGAACCUGCUGCUGAGCUCCGCCUAUGACUACAAGGUCCUCCUCUGGGAUGUAUCCCAGGCAGGUGCAGUAAUCAGGCACCCGGUCCGGGUGGUGCUGAUGCCCGUCCACCACCGCUACCCGUCCGAGAUGCUGCUGCUGUCGGCCAGCUUCAACAGCGACGGCAGCAGGCUGGCGGUCACGUCCAAAGACAGACGGGUUCGAGUCCUGGACCCACGGACGGGAAAGAUCUUACAGGUAUCCAGCAGUAAGUCGCACAGAGCCAACAAAGUUUUAUACAUCGGAGCCUUGAAGAUGCUUCUGUCCACCGGCAGCUCGCCCUGGAACCACAGACAGAUCGUCCUCUGGGACCCCGACGACUUAUCUGAGCCUCUAUAUGAAGAAGAUCUGGACGGUUCUGCGGGAGUUCUCUUCCCGUUCUUCGACCCGGACACGCACAUGCUGUACCUGGCUGGAAAGGGCGAUGGAAACAUCCGGUACUACGAGCUGAGUGCUGAGAAACCUUACAUCAGCUUCCUGACAGAGUACCGGUCGCUGCUGCCACAGAAAGGACUCGGUGUGAUGCCAAAGCGUGGCCUGGACGUCAGCGCCUGCGAGGUGUUCCGGUUUUACCGUCUGAUCGCUAUCAAAGACCUGGUGGAGCCGCUGUCGAUGAUCGUACCACGAAAACAGUCAGGAACUUUCCAAGAGGAUCUGUACCCGAUGACAGCUGGAAACCAGGCGGCCAUGACGGCUCAGGAGUGGCUGCUGGGAAUCAACAGGGGCCCGGUGCUGAUGUCCCUGAAGCCUGGGACUCGAGUCGCCAACCCUUACCCAGAAACCCAGGCUGAGAGGGGGCUGGUGAGGCAGCUGAGCUCCCUCCGGUUCCAGAUGGGCCCAGCUGGUGGCGCCGUGUCGGGGACGGACCUGGACUUUAUAGAGCAGGCCUUCCUGGAGGAGCAGCUGGCCUACCAGGACGCCAAAUACCCCAGAGACGUGAGCGAUCUGUCGGGUUGGCAGCCAGACGAGACCCAGAUCCCGCUGUGGACGUACUGCUGCACCCCGCACUGCUGCGAACCUGCCGAGAGGCCGCCGCCGACCACCGAGAGCGAGCUGCUGCAGGCGUUCUACAGACAGCAGGACGAGAUCCGAGGCCUGAGGGAAGAGCUCAACCACAAAGACGUGAGGAUCGCUCAGCUGGAGCUGGAGAUAAAGAACACCAGAAACAACAUGAGGGCGACCUUCUGAUCCAACCGCUGCUAUAAGCCAUCAUCUCCAACCAAUAAAAGACACACGGC